GAAGAAAGAAAGAAGAGAAAGAAAAAAUAAUAAUAAUAUUUACAUAUUGCAUACACAUAUAUGUACCAGCUAUUGCUGGAAAAAACAUCGGCGAUACAUCGAUGUUUUCAAAACAUCGGAAACAUCGAGAUUUUAAAACAUCGAUGUUCGAUGUUUCCGCUUAACCCAUCACUACUUUGCAUGGAAAGAUCUUGGUAAGCUUUACAAAAAUUUUUUAUUUAUCAAUUCAAUAAAAUUAACUUAAAUAUAUGAUCAGAUUUAACAGAUUGUGUUUAAUAUUGGUGUUGGCGGCAUUUGGGAUGGAGAAGAUAUUGAAAGAGCAGAACAGCAAUGUAGUUGCCGGGAAAGACGAACAAAACGACGCCGCCGAGGGUAUGCUCCCAAAUAAGAGGAAAAAAUAUGGGACAUCUUCUGUUUGGAAUUAUUUUGACAAAUCGGAUGAUGGCAAGACAGCCAAAUGUAUUAAAUGUGGCAAAACUUAUCAAACAAGUGGGAAUACGACCAACUUGUCUUGCCACAUAAAGAGGAUACAUCCUAAUUUAACAGUAAAUGAUUUGCCACAAAGGCAACAGCCGUCAAUUCUGUCAUUCACUGAGAAAAAAUAUGAAACAUCGUCUAACCGAAAAAAAACACUGGACAGUGCCUUAUGCUCCUACAUUACCUCAGACUUGCGCCCUUUUUCAGUGGUGGAAAAUAAAGGCUUCAGAAAUUUCGUAAGCCACCUUGAUCCAAGGUAUGCAUUGCUUUCACGAACCACAUUGAGAAACCUUUCGAUGGCAAAUGCAUACGCAGAAAAGAAGGCCAAGUUGUUCAAACUUUUAAAAAUCGUAAAGCACUGUGCAAUUACUUCCGAUUGCUGGACGUCAAGAGCAAACGAGUGCUAUGUUACUGUGACGUGCCACUUCGUGACAGCGGACUUCGAAUUGCGCAACGCUGUUUUGGCCACUGAGAAGCUCAUAGACGAAACGACCCACUCUUCGGAAAACAUAGCAAACUCCAUACGCGCAGUGCUCGAGGAAUGGAGUGUGUUAGGAAAGGUCACUGCUAUGGUCACAGACAACGCCAAAAAUAUGAUAAAGGCAUCAAUAAAUUUGACAGUGCAGGACUGUUUGGCAUCUGAAAACGUCAAAGUCAUUUUAGAAAAGUGUAAGCGCAUUGUUGCCUUUUGUAAAAGUAGCACAAUUGCCUAUGCCAAAUUUAGAGAGGCGCAGGAUUGCGAACGCCCAUAUAGUUUGAAGCAAGAGUGUCCAACCAGGUGGAACAGCGCCUUUUACAUGGUGGAACGAAUCUUGAUUACGAAGGUUGCUAUCGCAAGCGUUUUACACGCCCAAGGGGUUAAUGCCGCUAACCUCGGAUGAAAUAUCCAUUCUGGAGGACUUGAAGGCAUUACUUUCACCGUUUGAGCAUGCAACGGUGCACACAUCCUCAAGUACGUCUGUGACAGUGUCAUCAGUGAUUCCUGUUGUUUGCGGUAUAUUACACAACCUGUCAGCCCUGAAAUCGAAACUCCAGACAAAGGUGGGUCGAGAUGUAUGCGAUGACUUGCUUCAAGGGGUCAAUAAAAGAUUGGUCCCCUAUGAAUCUCGUACUGUGACACGAAUGACCACAAUAUUAGACCCUCGCUUUAAGAAGGAGGGGUUUUGGAACCCAUUUAAUUCCUCUCAAGGAGUUAAAUCUUUAGAGGAGGAGCUGUCGCACAUCUAUGCUCAAACAAAAUCAUCUACAUCUUCAAACCCGCCAACACCAGAACCCACAGCAGAGUCCAACCUGUUAUUCAGUUUCUUACAGGCCAACAAAAAUCAAAAAAUUCAAAGCGAUCGCGUGGAUUCUAUACUAGCUCUACGCCAUUAUUUGAAUGGUACUAAUUUGGAGCCUGCACAAAACCCAUUAGAUUAUUGGAAGGUACAAAAAAUAAUAAUUUAGAUGGUAACCAACUUAAUCCAAUUUCUUCUUUUAACAGAUAUCAAAUGACACCGCAUUCAAAACAUGCGUUUUAAAGUACUUCUGCGUUCCGGCCACUUCCACUGAAAGUGAACGAAUGUUUAGCAAGGCAGGACUGGUUGUGAGCGAAAAGCGGAGCUCGCUAAAAGCCAAAAAUGUUAAUGUUAUUUUAUUUUUAAACAAAAAUGACUGGAUAAAUUAAUUUAAGUUAUGU